AUUGCAGAUACCCACACACGCACGCACAAAACUAUAUGUCCUUCCCAAUAACAAGAGCUCCAUGGCUGCAGCCUAUUUUAGACAUUACCAAAUACCAAUUGAGUCAUUCUUGACCAAAAAAGAAAAAAGACAUAAACAAUUGAGUCAUUCACAUAUACAGUGCCAAAAAGUACCAAUCCCUCUCUCAUUCAUCUCUUCUCUGAAAACACAUCUCCCUCUCUCUCUCUCUCUCUCUCUCUUCAAUGUUGUCAUCAACAUCAACUGGUAGAGGUAGUAGUGACCAAACCAACUACAACACAACCAGCAACAACAGUACUAAUACCCCAAAGAGAGUAGCUUCUUCAUCCACCAAUUCAUCUUGGUCCUCAUCAUCCCCUUCCCCUUUUUCACACCAACCCUUUUCCCUCCAAACCCCCCAGAGAACCAUGGAAGAGGUUUGGAAAGACAUCAAUCUUGCCUCUCUCUCUGAGACCACCCCAAACAGGAGAUCAUCACUCCUUCACCACAUUAAUCUCCCUCAUGGAACCCACGACCCAAACUUCAGAAAUCUUCAAGACUUCCUUGCUAGACCCUUUUCCCACAAUGAACCUCCAGUCAGCUUGGUCUCCACACCCACUGAACAGGCCACUCUCAACAGCCCUGCCUCUCCUCCUCUGCCUCCACCAGGCCCUCCCCCUGUUCUCAGCUUGACCAAUUCUGGCUCUGAUCACUUUCAGCUUUUCUAUGUCUCUGACCCUCUUAUUAGGCCUCCCUCCUCAGAGUUUCAUCCUCAUCACCGUCAGUCUAACCCCAACAACAUUUCUAGUAGUGUUUCUAAUUCUUUCAGUGCUUCCCCAUUUGAGAGCUUGGCUGCUUCCUCUUCUGGCUUGCCUUCUUUUGGGAAGAGAGCAUUCCCUGACUCUGAUCACAGCAACUCGGGAGGAGAUCGAAGACAUAAUCGCAUGAUCAAGAACAGAGAAUCUGCUGCUCGAUCUAGAGCCAGGAAGCAGGCUUACACAAAUGAGUUGGAGCUAGAAGUUGCACAUUUGAUGGAAGAAAAUACAAGACUCAAAAGGCAGCAAGAACAGUUAUGUUUUGCAGCAGCUUCUCAACAACCCAAAAAGCACAAUCUUCAUCGAUCCUCAACAGCUCCAUUUUGAAAACCUCAGGGCAUUGCUCUUUUCUUUUUCUUUUUUUCUUUUUUUCCAAGGUCCUCUUGAUUUUGAGUUAUAAGAGCCGGACCAAUGGGUGCUUCAAUAUUUUGUGGUAAUAUUUAGGUGGUGAAAUGAAUGUAUCUUUUUCUACAAGUAGAGGUUUUAGGCUUUAGAAUAUUAUAACAAUGACUUUCAAAUCUCAAUGUAUGUAUGCAGAAAAAGAAGAAGAAAGAAAAAAUUCCCAACAAGAAGGAACUUAAUUUUGGUGGGUCU